AUGACUAGAGACGACAGAGAAGUUGUUGACGAAUUGUCUACGCUGGAGUUUGUCUCUUUUCUUGGCCAAGGUGGUUUUGGCUCCGUCGCCCUCAUGAGAGAUUCCAAAUCAACGUUAUACGCAGAGAAGUCAUCUCCCAUAUAUUACAUAAACAAUCUCGAGAAAGAACAUAGGAUCAUGCUUCGUUUUCGUAACCAUCCACGCAUAGUCCAAACCACAAGCCCUAGUCUUCACGUAGACAUCAAUCUCCAACGUUGUUGCAUCUACAUGGAGUUUGCCUCCAAAGGCACUCUCCACAACAUGAUCUCCAGCUUUCGAAGCCAACCAAUGCCCGAGGUUAUGGUCGGACGUGCUGCUCUUAUGAUCUUACAAGGACUCGAAGCUCUUCACUCCCGCGGCUACGCUCAUUGUGAUCUCAAGCCAGCCAACGUUCUCAUCUUCCCUUCCAAGAGUGUCGGACAGCCGUGGGAUCUCAAGCUUGGUGAUUUCGGUUUAUCCAGGGAGCCUUGUUCGGAUCCUUGGUCCUUAUCCGGUGGUACGAAGCAGUACAUGCCUCCUGAAGCUGUUGGAACCAAUGGAGCGAUGAUGAUGAUGGGACCGGGUGUUGAUGUGUGGUCUCUAGGAUGUGUUGUUCUUGAGAUGUUUGGUGGCCGUCCAGAGAAGAUGGGAGAUAUUUACGCAUGGAGACUUCCUCAGCUUGUGUCUCCCAUGGCCAGCGAUUUCUUGAGGAGGUGCAUGGAGUGUCAACCCUCACGCAGAGCCACCGCAGGGGAUCUACUGAAACAUCCUUUUGUUGCGCCGGAAACAGUCAUGAGGAGAGUCAUUCCUCCACCUGCCUUAAGGGACAAUGCUAUGAAAGGAGUGCCGAGGAUGAUGAAGAUGGCUACAAUUCCUGGAGAUUUGAUCGGUUGUUAA